AUGGGUUCAUUCCGUCGACUGCCGCUCAUAGUGCUUGCCGUGGUAGUCUCGUUCCUCUUCCACACGGCGACCUCGGACCUCCUGCUGCGACCGGAGCGCGUGCCUCGCGCGCAGUUCCGCAUCCGCUGCAACUUCAGCCACGCGGCCCGCAAUGACCCCAUUGUUUUUCCCGGUCAGCCCGGAAAAUCGCACCUGCACGAUUUUCUAGGCAGCAAGAAGACAAAUGCCUUCACCACCGAUGGAACGAAGCUGGUGGGCGGUGCGACGACGUGCGGUCUGAAAGCGGACGCAGCGGCGUAUUGGUUCCCGUCGGUAUUCAUGCGCACCAAUCAGAAGGAUGCCCAAGGCAAAUACAUCUACAAGCACUUAAAGCCCAACUGGACGCUAUUCUAUUACCGCACGUCUGUCAAGAACCCUGAGACCAUCAAGCCCUUCCCGCCUGGCUUCCGCAUGCUCACCGGCAACCCGUCCGCGGGCAAUAAGCAAGCCAACGAUCUCGCGAACGUGGAGUGGUGGUGCGGCGCGCGCGGCACGCACUUCAACGACUUCCCCCACCAGAAGUGCCCCAAGGGGGACCAGCUGAUUGCGAAAAUCAACUUCCCGGUCUGCUGGGACGGCAAGAAUAUCGACAGCGCGGAUCACCGAAGCCACGUGGUGCAUAUACCGCUCAACACCACGUGUCCUUCGUCCCAUCCCGUCCCGCUCCCGCGAAUCAGCAUCAAGGUUUAUUACCCGGUCAGCCACGAUUUGGAUUUGACGUGGCCGAAAGAUGGGGUGAAGGGGAACCCUGCGGUGUAUUUGUCAACGGUGCAGAGCGGUGGAACUGGUAGCCCGUAUGAGUACCACAGCGAUUUCAUCAACGGGUGGGAUCAGAAGGUGCUGGCUCGCCUCGUUACAGACUGCAUCAAUAAGAAUAAGAAGUGCCUGGUGCAGGAAGACAAUGUGUAG